UACCGCCCGCCCCGCCCCUCGCCCCCGGGCCCCGACGGGACAUGGUGCUGACCGAACUGGCCGCGCGUCUUAACUGCGCGGAGUACAAGAACUGGGUGAAGGCGGGCCACUGCCUGCUGCUGCUGCGCGGCUGCCUACAGGGCUUCGUCGCCCGCGAGGUGCUUGCCUUCCACCGCGGCCUGCUCGCCGAAGCCCCCAGCCUGGGCCCUCGCGCCGCCUGCCGCAGCGGCUCUCGGUGUAGCCCGCGCGCCCGCCAGUUUCAGCCUCAGUGUCAGGUUUGCGCAGAGUGGAAACGGGAGAUUUUGAAACACCACACCAACAGGAAUGGAGACGUCCACUGGGGAAACUGCCGGCCGGGCCGCUGGCCCGUCGACGCCUGGGAGGUGGCCAAGGCUUUCAUGCCCCGAGGACUGGCAGACAAAACCGGCCCCGAGGAAUGUGAUGCCGUUGCUCUUUUAAGUCUCAUCAACUCCUGCGAUCACUUCACCGUUGAUCGAAAGAAAGUCACCGAGGUGAUUAAGUGUCGUAACGAAAUCAUGCAUUCUUCAGAGAUGAAAGUGUCUUCUCUUUGGCUUCGAGAUUUUCAGAUGAAGAUCCAAAAUUUCCUGAAUGAAUUCAAGAAUAUUCCAGAGAUUGUGGCAACAUACACCAGAAUAGAACAGCUGCUGACAUCUGACUGGGCUGUUCACAUUCCUGACGAAGAUCAGCGAGAUGGGUGUGAAUACGAAACAGGAGUUUAUCUGAGUGAGAGUCAAGUCAACGAAAUAGAAAUGGAAUUACUAAAGGAAAAACUUCAAGAGAUCUAUCUUCAAGCACAAGAACAAGACGUGUUGCCUGAAGAGAUCUUAAACCGAUUGCAAGUGGUAAAAGAAUUUCUGAGAAACAAUAAGGAUCUUAGAAGUGGUCUUAGAGGAGAUCUGCAGAAACUAGACAGCCUCCAUCUACAGCACCAAAAUCCAGAUUCCAAGGAACCUGGGGCCCAGACACCUGAAGGGAAGGCCUGAGGUGAUUUCCUGCAUGUGACGAUUGACAGAUUCAUCUGUAACUUCGUCUAUCGCUUUACCCCAAGAGUUCUCCACUUCUGACUUUGUCCUAUUUGUUUCCUCAACUGCAAAACCACCGUCCAGUCAUAUGCAGUGGUCCAUGGGAUCAGCCUCCCUCCCCCCACCUCUGCUCCUUUUCAAAGCCAGCAGCACUUAACGGGACCAGGUCACUUCUGGACCUUCAGGGACAGAAUUGCCACCUGCCGCAUUCCUUGGAGGAAGUGUUUCUACUCCAAGCCCAAAGGAAGCAUCGUUCGCUUGCUUGGCUGCCCAUCAAGGAUGUGCUCUGUAGACAAUGGGCAGAGGGUGGGGGUAUAUUUGGCAUAUUUUUACAUUAAAAUGCAUGUAUAUAAUGCUAUAAACCCUGCAUGAAGGCAGAUGUUCCUAACUGACGGGUCUUGAAUUGUACAUUUUCUUUGUCCGUCCAUUUCACACAAUUUCUUUAGAAAACUUCCAUAGUAAAGUAAGAAUCUUCAUUGUUCUCACAACCAUGCCCAGACUAAGAAAUUUGCUGAAACGUUUCCCAGCUUCUAGAUGUAAGGUACAUCUGGAAGGUAGGAUCCAAUUAAAUCUUGAUUCACUAACCAAGUUAAGACCUGCUUUCUAACUUUAGUAACUUAGGGUUAUGAACACUUUCGUCUCAUAUCCCUUGUGUCCAGUUAGCUUUUCCUUCUCUGUCAAACAUUUAUCAAGUGUCCGCCACAGCUGGGCACUGAAAAGGAUGCCAGAUGUGAGGAUGUAUAAGGUAUGGACGAUGUUAUAUGUGCCAUCGUCUUGGAUUUAUUGUCUGCUCUGAUAAAUGAAAGAUACUGUGCAGAAAACGUUAUACUGGCAACAUUUAACUACACUGAAAUCGAAGAAAGGGAAGAUAUGUCCAGAGAGGGCUUUAAAGCAAAUGGAGCGUGCACAGGGAUGUCAGCCUGUGGGCCUCUCUAUGAAUCUGGGCACGUGGCCCAUGAUGCCCACACGGGGGUGCUCACAGUGGCACCGGGAGCCUGGCAUCAAGAGAUGACUGGUGAAAUCCCAGCGCAUCCAAGCCACAGAGCACUCUGUGGUUGUAAAGAAGAAUGUCGUCAUGCUGCAGUGCAGGGAGACAGAACGAUCUCUAACACACACGGAACAGAAGCAGAACGUUCAACAUUGCGUGGUAUGCUGUGAAACUCUUUUUCAAUAAAAGGUCCGGAAAGCU